CAUCAGCAGUGGCGGCUGUUAAAUGGUGAUUACAUCAACAAUGAAGCCAGUUUGACAGCAGGACCAUUGUGAUCCACAAUUGUGUGUGACACCAAGCCUGAUACAUCGUGGCACAAAAUAUACCCCAGAGUUCGAUAGCAGGACCGAUCAUGUUUUUUUGUGUUACUCACGUAGUGUUUGCCUUAUUCUUCCUUCCCUUCGUCUCUCUGUAAUGUUUUCCACGCAGUAAAGUACAUUUCCCUGCCAGCUCCAGUAGAGACUCAACAUCAAAGUAAUGUUACAUAAAUGCUGAAAAUGGAUGUGAUCUCUGCAGAUAACUGCUACAGUCAGGCUGAUAAACAGGAGUGAAGAUAAACUUUUUUGAUGCCAAAAGUUACAAUUCAAUCUAUGGGCUCGUUUCCUGUUGAUUUGAUACCAGUUCUACUCCAAGGGUACUGAAAUUUGACAAUGAAUGACAUUUUUGAUAAUCGAUAGUAUCUUGACAAUUCGGGCGGUGCAAUCAAAGUAUGAAAGUUCAAUACCUGGCCAUCCUCUGAGGUCACACCUCAAAAAAAUAAAAAUAAAGUGGAGGAAGUCAGUGAUUGUGAUUGUUCAAAUAUACAUGUCAUAGUAACCAUUUUCAAUUGCUGACUACCUUUACAGCGAAUUGACAUGGAGGCAUCUGAUUUUGUCCAGGACAAAUUAACUGAAUGGGGCUUCAGUGAGUUCAAGCAGAGAUUUGAAGAUGAAGGCAUUGACAAGGAGACGUUUCUAAGUCUCGGAGAUUCGGGCAGAAUCAAUGUCCUGAUACCUAAAAUUGGACCAAGAGUCAAAUUCAGAAAGAGACUCAAAGAAUACCUACAGUGGAAUUCAAUGGAGGCAUGUGAUUUUGUCCAGGAUAAAUUAACUGAAUGGGAUCUCAGUGAGCUGAUUCAGAGAUUUGAAGAUCAAGGCAUUGACAAGGAAACAUUCCUAAGUCUUGAGGAGUCAGGCAACUUGAAUGACUUAAUUCCAAGAACUGGACCAAGAGUUAAAUUCAGAAAGAGACUCAGAGAAUAUUUACAGGCCCAGACAGACAUGCACUCUCAACCUCCUGAAAUGAUGGACACCGACACUGGCACAUAUUCAGACCAAGAGGACAACCCCGAAAUGGAUCCAACCAUUCUUUCAUGGCACUUUCAGCCCACUUCAACAUCUGACACAGAUCAAGACAAUGAGAUGAAUGAGGAGCCAGUGUCCAACAGUAACUUGAAUGCAGGCGUACUUGGUGUGAUACUCUUCACUCUGCGUCACCGCCUAACUGCAGCUUUCAGUGAAUUAAUGGCUCUACUGAAUUUUGUCAGCCCUCAGCUGAUGACUUCAUUUAAGCAUCUCUCUGAAAAGAUUCCCUCCUUGUCUGCUGAGUUUUACUGUGAUGAAUGUCAAAAGUACAUGGGAAAAAAUACUGAUAAUGUUCAUUGUAGCUGUGACACAAUGUUCAACAAAAAAAGCAGUUAUGAAAGGGGAAGCUUCUUUUUGUCUGUAUCAUUGAAAGACCUUCUGAAAAACAUCCUUAAUAUUCAUGGCACUGAGUUGUUACCUAAAACAGUCAAUCACAAGAAUGACAUCAAAGAUGUGAUGGAUGGGGAAAUGUACCAGAACCUGCUUAGACAAGGAAAACUGGCUGCAGAUGAUCUUACACUGAUGUGGAAUUGUGAUGAAGUACCAAUCUAUGAACCAACCAGAUGGUCAAUUUGGCCCCUUCAGUUUACCAUCAAUGAACUUCCUUACACAAAAAGAAUGGAAAAUGUGAUAGUUGCAGGACUUUGGUUUGGCCCAAAAAAACCUACGAUGAACACUUUUCUGAAGCCGUUCAUUGAUGAAUGUUGUGAUUUAGCCCAAAAUCCAUUUCAAUGGACAGAUGCCAAUGGUACAGUUCACUCCUCAAAAGUCUUCUCCCUGGUUUGCUCCUCCGACGCCGUGGCAAGGCCGCUCCUUCGGAAUUGCAAACAAUUCAAUGGUGAAUAUGGAUGUGACUGGUGUUUACACCCUGGCAGGGUGGUGGAAAAACACAAGGGAUGCAUGAGGUCCUUCCCAUAUGAUGAAAACAAACAAGCACCGAGGUCAAAUGAAAUGUUUAGGGAUGAUGCAAAAGAGGCUGAAAACACUGACAGUCCAAAACAUGGAGUAAAAGGAUUGUCCUUGCUGUCCAUACUUCCCUUGUUUGAUAUUGUUUUCGGAUUUGUACCCGAUUACCUGCACUCAGUUCUCAUGGGUGUUUCCAAGCAACUUGUGUCCCUGUGGUUGAACCCAGUUAAUUCUACUAAACCUUGGUAUGUAGGUGAUAAGAUUUCACAAAUGGACUCCCGUCUUCUCUGUCUAAAGCCACCAAUAGAAAUAACCAGAUCACCACGGUCACUAAAGUGUUGGGAGAACUGGAAAGCAUGGGAGUGGCGAGCAUUCCUCCUAUUUUACGCUUUCAGUGUCCUGCCAGGUAUCCUGCAUCCUAUAUAUCUGGAGCAUUAUUUUGUCUUGUCAUUUAGUAUUCACAUUCUGCUACAAGAAUCAGUAUCCCGACAUGACCUUCGGCUGGCCAAUGCCUCCUUGGUGCACUUUGUGAAAGCCAUGACAGAACUGUAUGGUGAAGAAAAUGUGUCUUUCAACUGCCAUCAGUUAAUCCACUUAGCUGAUAGUGUACAGAACUGGGGGCCUCUUUGGGCAACAUCAACAUUUAGUUUUGAGAGAAACAAUGGAAAUUUAAGGACUCUGCUUAACGGCUUUAAGAAUGACCCUCCGCAAGUUUACCAGAGGUUUCUCGCUUGGCAGUACUUACCCAGACAUCUUAGUUCUUCAGUUUUUAACCGACAGUCAGACUUUGGUGAGUUGUUAGCCAAGCUUAGACCAGUAAAUGAUAACACUGACUCUGCCAAACCCCUUGGAAAAUCCCACAAUGUGGACCUCACAAGACCCACCAAAUUUGCGUUACAAGAGCUCUUGAAUCGACCAGUUCUUGACAAGAACGUAGAAGCUUAUGACAGCUUUGCUAAGGGUCACACUGUUUACCACUCGACACAAUGUAAAGGCCCAACAGACUGCGUCAUUAAACUCAAGAAUGGCUGCUGUGGAGAAAUACAGUUGAUUUUACUUUAUAAAGAGAACUGCAGUUGCACAUCCAACUGUCUGUGCAAGGCUGUUCCAACCAUUGUGGUCCAGCUCUAUCACAUCAAACCUGAUACACUGUUCCACAAUAUACACCCCAUCCAUCCAUCAAAGGCAAUCAUUGAAAAAGUUGAAAAGACAGAUCAACCUAAGGCUUUCUUCUUUGAGGAUAUCCGGUGUAAAUGUAUGUAUGUUGAUGGUUGGCUUGUGCCUCUGCCAAACACAUAUGAGAGAUAUUAGAGUCACGGCAGGUAUAGAGCACUCGCAGUAGCAGGGCUGAAAAGUCUUUGCCCUUUUGACAUCUCACUGUUACUGGCCAUGAUCUGUAACUACAUACAGUGGGUGUAACUUGCGUAUCAUCAACAAUCCAUUGUGGUUCCCUGUUCUUUUAUCAGUGUUCCAGUCUUUCAUUUAUUUACGGCUGUCAGCCCAUGAGGUGCUCUGUCAAAUCAGGGAGGUCAGAAACAGAAGACUACUAGACCCGGUGAUUGUUUUUGAUGUGUUAUGUUAAUGUAAAUGAAGGUGAAGUAUAAAGCACGCAUUCACUGGAAUAUUUCAUCGAUUAUUGACAUAUCAGUUAAAAACUACUUCAAAUAUUAAAGGUGCUAUUUCUAUACAUUUUUGACGAGCUGGGAAUGAGACUUGAAAAUUCCACUUCUCUUACAAAUAGUACCUUUAACUAGUGUAAGGGAAAUUCCCCAAAUUUUCCCUUUGUUAUAUUGAUAUCUAAUGCUUGCAUAUAAAACUUAACAAGUUUAUAAUUAUGUUAAGAGUGAAAACAUUGUGUCUAUGGGCCUCUCAUAAUUUAUGAGUCAGUGGUGUCAAACCGAUCCAGUAAAGGGCCACUGUGGCUGCAGACCAGAUUCAAAUCAGGUGUGUUCUUGCUUGGUUGGAAUCAAAAAACCUGCAGCCAUCAGUUUGACAGCACUGAUUUAUGUCAUGUGACAGUUUACAUGGUUGCAGAGUAUAUGUGAUAGAGAGGGCUGAAAAACCUAACAUAGUUAAGACUCUUGUUUAAGGUCCCCAAUGUAACUCCUCUUUAUGUGUUCUGAUAAUGGUUAAUAUAUGAAACAUAGAUUUAUGCAGUCUACAUGCAUGUUGAAUUUACGUUAAGCUGUGGAGGAGGUGGAGAUAAUGGGAGUGUUAUUCUUAGUGGUCCAGAUGUAACCUUGUGACCUCUACAAUUGUGUGUAUUGGAUUUUUACAACUAUAAACGACUGAGGAGACUCUUCUCUUCUCAGUCAACAUCUAUGCGCUACUGAUGUGUGACUCUUGCUUGCAAGCAAUAAAGAAACUUCCAGAAGAGA